AUGGCCAAUAUAACGUCGUCUGCGAUCAAAAGGACCUUGGAUCCUAUAGAGUGGGAAAUACAAGGCAAACGCAUCAAAUUGAAUCAGACUUCGACAACUUCAUUAGGUCUUCUUUCUCCUCCCGUUACUCCUGAGAAACAUGACCGAAUCUUGAAUGUCCAGGCAAGCUCUGUGAGCUCUCUUAAUACAAAGCUGUUUGGUGCCGCUAAAUCGCAGCCCCUUUCAGUUUACUCAAGAGCGAAGAAAUUGUUCUUGAGGAGUUCGGCAGUGGAUGUUGAUGGUUUUGCUUUGACUGCAAGAGAACCUGAAGCUCACUUACUCCGACAACAUAUAGACCAAUGUUUGUUGAAGCUGGAGUCCACGUCGAUGUACGUGUCAGGUCCUCCGGGAACCGGGAAAACCGCGCAGGUGAACGCGAUACUAAAUUCUCUGAUUGUGGGAGACAUCGAAAACGCGGACGCUAAGAUCUACAAAGUUCCCGUGAGGAUAAACUCGAAAAGAAUCAACCGCAGAGUUCGGAUCGCAAAAAUUAACUGCAUGACUGUGCGCAAAGCAGAAGACAUAUUUGAUGCGAUCUACAGCGAUCUCGAGGGCCAGUUCACGCGCAAAAAAAGAACAGCUCAGGAGCUCAAAAGAUUUCUAGCAGAUGAGUCCAAGUGCGAUAUCACACUUGUGGUUUUGGACGAAAUGGAUAAUCUCAUGGGUAAUAGCCAGCAGGUACUUUUUGAGCUCUUUUCGUGGGCGUCGGAUAUGUCAAAUGACAAUCCGAAACUAGCCAUUAUUGGAAUUGCCAAUGCUUUGGACUUAACCGAUCGUUUCCUUCCGCGGCUAAAAUGUAACAACAUUAGUCCCCGGUUGAUUCCCUUCUUGCCUUAUACCGCUGAUCAAAUCAAACAAGUUUUGACCGCAAAGCUUUGCUCUCUUGUGGAUAACAAGACAACUAUUCCUCCUUUGGUUCAUCCUGCUGCAAUCCAACUUUGUGCCAAGAAAGCGGCAAUCACUACAGGAGAUUUGAGAAGUGCUUUUGAUAUUAUGCAUCGAGCUCUUGAACUAACAGAAAGCUUACAAGCACAAAAACUAGGCAGCAAAGAGCUUCACAGUCUAACGUUUGAGAACGCACCCAAAGUAAUGAUCGCCCAGCUGGCUAGAGUCUGCAACAGCACAGUCAGCUCAAACUUCAACUCCAAAUUGAAGGAUCUCAACAUUCAACAUAAAACAGUGCUGUGCUCUCUUAUCAAAUACGAAGAAGUAUUGAAAAGUCAAAAGUCCAAAACCAUUGCAUCCAUUAACUCAUUCUAUUCAUAUUAUGCAUCACUACAAGAUGUGCGCAAAGUCAUCGGGGCUCUUAAUCGAGGCGAAUUUCUCGAAGUUUUGAGCUCAUUGGAGUCUGACUCUUUCAUCAAUAUCUGUUCUACUACAAACGCGAAAAUACAUGCUACGUCCAAAAUCAAGGGGCCAAUUAGCUACGGUGAUUCUAGACUAUCGUCUACCGUUCCAAAGAUGGAUAUCCUCAAGAUCAUUGAUGAUAUUGGAAUUCUCAAAAAAAUUCUGGCUGGUACGGAAAAUUGCAUAUAA